AUGGGUAAAAGCAGCUUGAGAAUGAAAACUCAGGGCAAGAACGGUGGCGUUGGCAAAAAAGUACAAAAAAAGAGGCCGAUCAGCACCGCUGAGAGGAAGAGAACCAAGUUGCAAGUGGAAAAGCUAAACAAAAGCAGUGAGAUAAUGAUACCGACUCUGUUACGGGAGACAGCCACGCAAGAACCGACUAAAAAGAGGGCCAAAUCAACUUUGAAAGCCGAAGAGCUCGUUAAGGACCAGGCAAAGGACUGCAAGGUGCGAGAACAGAUUCAAACGGAAAAAUCGAAGACAAACGAUAGCAUGCUGGAGCAGAUUGAAAUGAUAUCCGGAUUUUCCCUAUAG